GAUGCAACAACAACGACUAUCGCCGAGCCAUAUCCGCAUGGAUCCUGCGCCGCUCUGCUCGCCCGUUGAGGUUGGCACUGUCUCAUUAUAGCUGCCGUACUGAGCCAUACGACACUCGGCUCUUCUCGUGCGCCUACGUCCGCAAACGCUUCGACCUCUACGCAUUCCUCUACCUCUCGCAGAACGCUCGAUACGUCAUAUGGGGGAAGCAUACCGAUGGUGUUAUACAGCAGACAGACCAGCCGCGGAAUACGUGUUACCUCUGCCUAUCCAACUGAGCAGGAAAGAACAUGCGAUCGCCUUCGCUGGCGGUUUCACGUCAUACAUCGAGUUUCACUGCGCGAUGGGACAUCAAACAAUUGACAAGGACGCGGAGCUGAUCUCCGAGCGACCGGCCGACAACCUACCGCCGACUGGUGGCCGACACGGCGGACAGUCUGACACACCAAGCCCUUCGAGGUCAUCCACAGCGACCUAUCGAGCAAGUUUUCCCGCCAGAGCCUUGGCGGAUCGCGAUACUAUAUUUCGUUUAUCGACGGCUCCACCCAACACGCCUAGGUCAAGCUCCUGCCGCGGGAGGCCGACGCCCCGUCGAAUGGGUCAGCACAAUCAGCCAAUUCAGCGAUUCACUGGUUCUGCCAUCAAGCGUCUUAAAUCAGACAAUGGUGGUGAGUAUAUCGCCUCCCGCCUUCAAUAUUUCCUUCGGCGGAAAGGCAAAGUGCACGACACCGUACCGCCAGCUCCGCCCGGUCCACGUUCUUUUCCAGCCAUCUCCAGAAAGCUGCCGCCAUGGUAUUAUGAGUGGCGGGGAGAGGGACGGGGAGAGGGACGGGGAGAGGUUUGCGGUGUUUGCGGAAGACGUGGCAGCUCGCGGGAAGGCGUUGGGCUUUCGCUCAGGCGGCCGCUGAGGCAGCGAGUCGGCGAUGGAGGUGGCCCACUCUGCAAGACACGGUUGACCUGUCAUGAGGAGACUCUUACAGGCGACGCGAAACGGGAACCGGAAUUGCGUCGCUGGGUUCCGGCCCUCGGUGGACCUGAAUGGCAGGCAACAUUACGUCCUAACCGCUACUACGUGGCUCGAUAGAACGGAUGCGCAAUACGAGUUUAGUCUCUCUAAUAGUGCUUUUCGGUGCCAUACGAUUGCAGAAUUAAUGCGCGCGUACAGAGCAAGAAGGUAAUAAUCUUAGCCCAUAUAAAUCGGUCGUUGUGACCUACCAAUCUGCCACACAAAUAAGAACAUG